AUGGUUAAUAUAUUCUCGACAGGUGAAGGUGACAGAAAUUCGAACCGGAAAUGCCAAAACUGCUUCUCCAAUGAUGUCGACUGCACGUAUAUUGCCGCUGCAAAGAUGAUACCGUAUACUUAUUCAUCCAAGGAAUACAUCGAAGACCUAGAGAGAAGACUAGAAAAGACGCGAAGGCAUUUGCGCAAGUUUGUUCCGGAUACUGUGAUUGAAGAGGAACUGAUCGGGAAAAGUCAAAAUCAGAAACGGCAGAAACAUAAACCCACCAUGACUGAGCAUGUUUCGAACGUUGGGAACGUUGAUAUUCUAGCAAAUGAGGAAACAGCCUUCGAAGAUGACUCGGAGUUGGACAGGCUAAAGCAAGUGGCGAUAGAUGAUCCCGACCUCAGAAACUUUGGAAAGUCGAGUGUGAUGUCGUUUACGAGCACGGCCCUGAAGAUCAGGCAAGAAAUGGGGAUUCCUUCAGCAAGAACUUCCCAAGUGCCACUUGCUCGUCUAUGGGUCAAUCGUUGGGAUAUGAAGUAUAAGGACAUCCACCUUCACGAUUAUACCUUCCCGGAGCCCGACCUUCUAGAUAACCUUGUGGAGCUGUAUUUCAUUCAUCUAAAUCGAUUCUGGCCUCUUCUUCACCAACCCACAUUCGAACGUUCACUGGCUGCUGCUCUUCACCGAACCGACAGCGCGUUUGCAGGUAUUGUUCUCGUGGUUUGUGCGAUUGGCUCACGCUUCUCCAAUGACCCACGUGUACGGGUCGAUCACUAUGAGUCGCCAUAUCGGCAUGGUUGGAAAUGGUUUGUUCAAGUACACAGGGUCUCUGUAUUGCAACCUCCGAGCCUUUUCGACCUCCAAAAAUGUGUGUUGUCGGUUUUCUACGUAGAAGGCUUUUCUGCGCAUAGGACAUGGACGAUGUUGGGGACCGCUGUGCGUAUGGCACAAGAUCUCGGUGCACACCGGAAACGCAAGGCAGGAUGGUUGUCAGUCCCUGAGGAAGAACUACUGAAGAGAGCGUUCUGGGUCUUGGCAUGCAUGGACAGAAUCUUAGGGAUGGCGUUAGGUCGACCAUAUGCUAUUCAGGAAGAGGACAUUGAUGCAGACCUUCCGGUCGAAUGUGACGACGAAUAUUGGGAUGGCGACGAGGCAUUUAUACAGCCUUCCAAUGUACCCUCGACGAUGUCUUUCUUCAUUUCCUACUUGAAGUUAAACCGCAUCUUUGGUCGGUGCCUUCGAACAAUAUAUUCUCUGGGUAGGCCGACGGCUCUCCGUCCUUCUGUUGGGAAAAGAAGCAUGGAGGAUAUCGUCGCCGAGCUUGAUUCUUCCUUAAAUGAAUGGGUAGAUUCCGUACCGCAGCACAUCCGCUGGGAACCUCAAAGAGAGAAAGAGAUUUUCUACAGUCAAUCUGUCUUUCUGUACUGCUCUUAUUAUCAUCUACGGAUUCUGAUUCAUAGACCAUUCAUACCACCACCUGGGAAAUCAUCAUCUCUUUCUUUUCCGUCUCUGGUAAUUAGCACCAACGCAGCUCGGUCCAUCGGCUAUAUUUUGGACUGUCAGUCACGACAACAGCCAGACAGUCCAAAGCGUUAUUGUCCGAUGUCUAUCUUCUCAGCCGCAAUCAUUCUUCUCUUCAACUGUUGGAGUAACCCGGCGGCGAGAUCGGAAAGUGAAGACGUGAAGCACAUCGUACAAUGUGUGAAUACUCUCCAGACAUUUGAGCGACAAUGGUUGUGUGCUAGCCAAUUCUGUGACUUUAUCAGUCAUCUCGUUAGCGGUGUAUACCCCAAUCAACAGCGACCUGUACCUGUGCACGAAACCAUUGGUGUAUCGCCUCGGCCACUUUUCCAUGUAUCUCAAUGGGCGGAACUGAUGGGUAUGCCCUUCCCUUCGUCAAGUUGGGCUUCUUCAUCCGACGACGCAUAUACUCAGAAUUUUUGGACCGUUGCUGAAGAUGCAUUUUAUCAGGCUCACGACGAAGGAUCUAUUAGUCUUGUAGCCGGUACUGUUGACACUUGGCAAGCCUGA